AUGAAUAAGACUCUGUGUGAGUCAAUUAGAUGGUCGUGUUACGGUUUUAAGAAUAAUAAAGAUACUGGAUUAUAUGAUAUUUAUUGCACAUUUACGAGUCAUGAACCAGAAUUCGAUUACUUAAAAUCUCUGGAGAUCGAAGAGAAGAUUAAUUCAAUUACUUGGCUUCGAGCAUACUCUUCUGCUCAUCAUCUUCUUUCAGCUAAUGAUAAAACCAUUAAACUGUGGAGAUUAUCAGAAAGACACUAUGAAGCAUAUAAUUUUAAUAUACGUGACGAUGAGAAUGCUAGUUUAUGGGAUGAAAGCUCGGAUCGACUGAAUAUGAUCGGACCACCAAUUCCUCACAUAAUUACUCCAGAUAAACUGCGUAUUCCGAAGUUUCGUAAAUCUCGUCAUCUUACAAUCGAAGCCCGCCCACGACGUUUUUUUGCCAAUGCUCAUGCUUAUCAUAUAAAUGCGGUUUCUGUAAAUUCUGAUCAAGAAACAUUUCUUUCGGCUGACGAUUUACGCAUUAAUCUUUGGCAUUUAGAUGUGACCAAUCAGUCAUUUACUAUUGUCGAUUUAAAACCGUCAAAUAUGGAGGAUUUAAGUGAAGUCAUUACUUGUUCACGGUUUCACCCUGUUCAAUGUAAUAUACUAGCCUAUUCAACUAGUCGAGGUUUGAUUCGGUUAUGUGAUAUGCGAUAUCGUGCUCUAUGUGACGAUCAUGUACUUGUGUUUGAGGAUCCAAGUCUUUCACAAAAUCUGGGAUUUUUCGCCGAUAUUAUUGCAAGUUUAUCAGAUUUUCGCUUCGGCCAUACUGGAAAUUAUCUUUUAGCCAGAGAUUAUUUAACAUUGAAAAUUUGGGAUAUGAGAAUGGGCGAUCGACCGUGUGAAAUUUAUUCAGUUCAUGAACCAUUUCGAUCACAACUUUGUAUGUUGUAUGAAAAUGAUGCUAUUUUUGAUAAAUUCUUAUGUGGAUGGUCUGAUGAUGAUAGGUAUGCAAUAACGGGAUCUUACGGCAACCUCUUUCAUAUAUUUGACCGUCACAAUGGCUCUGAUUGGUUGUAUGACCUUGACGAUUCAAGCAAUCCUUAUAACACGAAUUCUGCAUGUAAUACUGAGAGUUACUUAUCACCUAAACGUUUUAUGUCUCCUGAUGAUCCCAUUGGAAGUCGGUUGGGUUUAUCUUCAAUUUUUGUAGCACCAUUGGAUGCUGUAGAAGCUCUCUUUCCAGAAACGACGAGUCAAACCAGUUCGCAUAGCAGCUAUAGUGAUAAUAAUGAUUGGAAUAAAUUUGACGAUAGUUCGAACACCUCAGAGGUGUCACCUGGUAGAACAAAGCUAUCUAACUGUCAAUUAGAAGAUCCCAACCCUACAGAGAAUACUCCCUCAGCACCUCCAACAGGUUCGAAGCGUCGAAAGCAAAUCCUUCCUUCUCGUGCUGAUAUUUCUACUGAUUCUCAUUGUGUUGUACAAAGUGAACACGAGAAGGCCCGUAGUUGUCACCACAAAAGUAAACAUCGUCAUCGCAACAAGCAUUCUCAAUGUGAGAGGAUAGAGAAAUGUGGAUACGGUGUUAGUUCUUCUUGCACAGUACCGAACUCAAAUGAUGGUCAUGAGUUAUCAAGUGUCAUUGUAAAUUUACUGCCUGUCAAAAAAACGUCUAUCGAAGAAUUUCAAUCAGGGACAUCAACUGUCCCUGGAAUGCACCAGAUACACUGUCAACGUAAGAUACUUCACUUAUCCUGGCACCCGAAGAAAUUCCUUACAGUAGCCCUAUCAGGCAAUCAGAUGUUUCUUGUUUCAGGUCAGCCGACAUUUAGUGGUACAUUGCCUUCACAGAAUGAUUCGAGUCAUUGCUCUUCCUGUUUAUCUAAGUCAACUGACGAUGAGAACAAUAUACCUAGUGGACAUUGUGAAGCGAGAUCCACUUUUAUAAGAGAUAAGGUAACUCCUAUUUUAUGCAAAAGUUCAAACGUGAAAGCUGCUAAACGUCGUCGCCGUCGUCAUCACCAAGCAGGUAGUUCAAAUUUGGUCAAUGCUUUCCCUAACUUAUCAGAUAGGAGAGAAAAUCACAUCUCUGAUAUUGAUGUUCUUCCUGCUGGUUCUGUGGUUUGUGGGAUGGAUUAUACAACGAAUUAUGAAGCUGACCACGAAGAUAAUUAUGAUGAGCAACACACCUCUGAAGCACAACUAGAUUCUGUUAGCUCUGAUCCGAACAGUGAAAGCGUCCCAUGUAUAAAUUCCUUAUUUCCAUCAUCGAGAGAAACAUUUUCAACUAAUUUGAACGAUGUUUUACAUUGA